AUGGCCGGUCUCUCGCUGCUCCAUCUCCAUCCCGAGAUCUUGGUGGCCAUAUGCCAAAAUCUCUGCACGCACUGCGUUCGCAAAGGUUCAGAGCCACCCGCGUUCAACCAAGGACCCUCGUCCCUCAAAGAUGCAAAUGAAAGCCUCGCCGCUCUCUCAUUCCUCUCGCGCACCUGUCGAACAUUCCGGCACAUCGUGCUGCCCAUCCUCUACCACAUGCCCUGGGCCACUACCCGCGACAGUGCCGGCAUUCCUCGCGGGCUUGUCGAGAGACCAGAUCUCGCGGAUCAAGUGCAAGAACUCGUCUUUGGACCUGAUCUAUGGGCCGUUAGCUACUUCACCGAAACUUCCCCCUGGGAGAGGCGAAUUUUCGAGGCUGAGAUGGCAAACGUGGCCAUCUUCAAUAGUCGCGGCGAUCCAGUGUCACCAAGAUGUCUAUGGGAAGCCGACCGUUUGCCCUUGCGAUUGGACGGGGGUGAUAGGCACGAGUACCUCGCGCAAGAGUUUCUGGCAUUGCUCAUUAUGUCAAAGACGUUCAAUGUGAGGCAGUUGACGAUGGAAGGGGGCUACCUAAGUCAAAGGCCUUUCUUUCACGGCAACAUAUUUCCCUUUCUUACUACAAUCAGGGUCCUGAAUUGGGAGGCGAGAGGGGUCCAACUUGAUGGCAUGAGUGGUAUCUUGUCGGCCGCUCCAAGAUUGGAGACAUUGCAUUGUCGUUUAUUGAACAGUGCCGCAUUGGUGGGUAGAGGACAGAGCCCUCAACAGAACCCUUUCCGCCACGAGAAUGUCACUACGGUUGUGUUUGAGUGGAGUGCACUGAGCGACUUGGAAGCCACAAUGAGGCAUUUUCCAAAUCUGAAGACAUUUCGCUAUCAGUCUGGCGGUUCUACAGUGAAUGAGAUGGGCGAGGCAACCCCCGCUGACGUCUCGGCCGCACUGCUCGUCCGGAGGGACACACUGCAGACCGUCUCAAUCGACCUUCGGGAGGCAUUCUAUGGGGAUGACCUCGAGGAGGAUCAAGUCAUGCGCGGGUUAUCAGACAUGGCGGUCUUGGAGAACCUGGAGCUCUGCGGGACAUGUGUCUAUGUCGAGACUGACGACGACACCACGACGGAUGGAACGCUCUUGACGAGCCUCUUGCCAAGCUCGCUGCAGGUGUUUGGACUCGAUAAGCCGCACGAGCACAUUUACCAGGAUAUCCUGGGACUCGCUUCCAGAGCUGACGAACUCUUCCCUAACUUACGAAAGGUCAUGAUUCGAGGUGUUGAGGAUGGGCAAGCCGAGGUGUUUCGCAAAGCAUUUGAGUCCAAUGGCAUCAUGUUUAUCCAUAAUGGGAUUUUGCCCGAGUUUUAUCGCUGGAAAUGA